GUUGGAGCAGCUUUGCCUGUUGAUGUCUUAACAUAUGAGGAAAAAACCCUGUCUGCCAUAUUACGAGUUGUUAGCAGUGGCCUUGUCAAGCUGUGGAGUGCUCUGACCUUGCUGGGCUUCUACCAGAACAGGAGGUGUGCCUUUCGAGUGCUGCAGACAUCUCCAUUUCUUCUUGCGUUAUCUGGGAACAGUAGAGAAUUAGUCUUGGACUGAAUGCAGUUGUUGGUUUGGUUGUAUGAAGCAGAAGUUGCUUGAGAUGUUGCAGCCCUUCAGGCGUGGAAUUUCUGGAGGAGAUUUCGGACAAAGAGCCUCAACAAAGCUAACGUUUAUCAACUCACUGCUUGGACAUCCCGUACUUCAGAGUUUACAUAUAAAAGUUGGAGACAAAGCCGAACUUACCAAAGCUUUUACACAGAAUGAUGUUGUUAUGUUUUCUGAUUUAACAGGUGACACCAAUCCUUUGCAUUUAAAUGAAGAUUUUGCAAAGAAGUCUAGGUUUGGGAGAACUAUUGUACAUGGGGUUUUGAUUAAUGGGCUUAUUUCUGCAGUUCUAGGUACUAAAAUGCCUGGUCAAGGAUGUGUAUUUCUUUCUCAGGAGAUUCGAUUUCCAGCUCCUUUGUAUACUGGUGAAGAAGUCAUAGCUGCAGCGGAAGUUAAACGACUGAAGGGUUCUAUUGCACACAUUUCAGUAUCAUGUAACGUCAGAGAAAGUGGAAAGACUGUUAUGGAAGGGAUGGUGAAAGUCCUGGUGUCGGACAGUUAGAACUGUUGAUCCUAUGCUACUUUACUAUAAAGGCCAGAAAUGUA